AUUGCUGAGGAAGUAUCCAAAUUCUUUAAGAGCUACUGGACUAAUAGUAGGAAUAGGGGCGAUCCAGUGUCUAAUUUUUGCCAUUAUUACGGACCGGGAUUUGGACGGUUGGAAGAUUAACUUCACCAUAGAGGGGGUCAUGAUAAUCUAUAUGGCAAUUGUAGCUUCUGGGCUUUUUAUGAUUCUCACAACAUGGUGCAUCGCAAAAAAGGGUCGCUUUUUUGUUUCCCCAUUCAGUGGUAUUACCCUUAUCAUGGUGGCAGUCCUUAGCCCUUUCAUCCUGCAUGAGCCUCUUGCUGCGGGAAGCCUAAUAGGAGCUGUUGUUAUUGGUAUUGGAAUUUACCUGGUCAUUCGGGGGAAAAAAGAUGAGAACAAUGACAAUUCAACAGGAGAAGAUGAGAUGUUGUAGGAACAGUUUUAUUUUCGGCUUCUGUCUAGCUUGUUAAGCUCUAGCUUGUUAAGAAUCAGCAAAAUUCAUUAAUUACUUAGGCGUGUUCGACGAUAUCUUUUGAACUAGCUUUUAGUUUUUGGACUCGUGUUUUGAAAAGCUAUAAGUAUUAGUUUUGGGGGGUAGAUUUAGCUUUUUGGAGUAGUUUUUGAAUAUUGCUAUCAUUUAUUUUGUUGUU